AUGGCCACCACCGCCCGCGGAAUGACCGUUGACAACGUCGGAGUUGUCGUAUUCGAUAACGACAAGGUCAUCGCCGACGUUCCAGUCGGAGACGAUCUUCUCGGACGCGGAUCUGCUGCCCAGACCAAGGCCAUGAAGCAAGUCGCCGGAUCGAUAAAGCUCGAGUUGGCUCAGUACGUCGUUGUAAGUUUUAGGCUAGAAAAGGGAAUAUCUUUAUGGUUCAUUAGUUCAUUAUGGAGGUUUGUUACUCUGUGAAUCUCUAAAAAUCGUACUUCCCCGGAGUUUUUCAACGAAUUUCUUAAUUCGGAACAGUUUCGGCAUCAACUCAUACUUCUAUUGAGAAUAAGCAACAAAAAAGAGUAAAAAUAACAGAUAUUUCGAUGAAAUAAUUGACUAUUUAAUUCAAACUCAGAUUAGAAACAAAAAACAAGGCGAGAACUUUAGAAAAACCGCGUGGAAGACAGAAAAUACGAUAGUGGAAACGAGCGGCGCACUAUUUGAUCGGAUUAGCGAGAAAUGUACACUCGACAUCUUUUCCUAAUUCCAUUUUCAGAAACUUGGGCGAAUUAAAUAA